GCUACAGCAGCACCUGAAAACUAGGUCAAUCAAAGUGUGGCGGCUCUCCUACAUGUGGAUGCGUGUGCAGCAGGCUACUGCAUGGGGACUACUGUGAUGGAACAGCUUCGCAGAGCAGAAAGAAUGGAAAUCAUUUCCUGAAAUGCGGUUGUCUCCGUGGAUCAGUAUACCACUACAACCCAUCACCCCCAAGCCCACUGAUGCCAACGCAGCAAGUGACCGCGCAUUGCUCGCAGCGGCAAUAAGGACCAACACCUUAAUUAUCAGGCCGUGGUGACAUAGACGGUCACAGCACAGCAGUCACCGUUAAUUAUUCGCCGCAACAAUUAGGAUUUAAAUCGCUGUUAUAUUUUUGGAUUUAUUUCACCGGCAGCUGCUGCGGUAACACCCCUCUUUGUAGAUAGCGUGCACUCCUUCUCCCUUCCUCUCAUCGGCUCUCCAUCCUUCCUUCCCGGAACGGCUGGGUGGACUGGUGGGGCUAUGGAGGAUGCAGGUGAGAUGAGGAAGACAUUCACGGUACCGGAGAUUAAACCGUUGAAUCAGUACGACUUCAACCGAGCCAAGGUGUGCGCCAGCGUCCGGUGGCUACUGGCGAAGUCAUACGGAUCCGCAGAGAAUGUCCCGGUGGAGCUGCGAGAGCCUCUCUACAGAGACAAGUAUGAGCAGGAGCACCUCAAGCCCUCCGUCUCCCAGCUACUCCUGUCCCCUGAGCUGUACUGUAGGACCCAGGCCCUGCUCCACGGGGUCUCCCAGCCCACUCCUCAGGGGCCCCCAGGGGACAACUCCGCACUGCUGCAGCUCCUCACCAAGAGGGGCCUGGAGCCCAGGGACCAGGAUGUGGCCAUCACAGAGGAAGACCUCAGCCACACGCCCAUCAAGACGAGGGCCCACCUGGUCCUGAUUGACUCGCUGAUGUCACUGGCUGCCAUGGAGACGGUGGGCAAGGUUAAGAUGACGGCAGAGGCAGAGAAAAUGGGAGGCGGGGCUCCGUGGGAGAAUGCCCUCCUCUUCUGGGUUAACCGGUUGAAUCAGAAGUUGAGAGAGAGCACUGAGGAUGAGGAGGUCCCAACCUGCACAGACCCACAGCCUGUUCAACCAACAUGUCCCACCCGCUGGUACUGGAAACUGGUCCCAAUCCGUUAUAGGAAGGAUAAGGUUCUGUCUAAGCAGACUCCUACUUUUCCUCUGGUGUCUGGUGUAAGGGAUCUGUCUAAUGGCUGUGCCAUAGCUGCUGUUCUGCACUACUACUGUCCUGACCUGCUGCCACUGGAGGAUGUGUGUCUGAAGGACACCAUGUCAGUAGCAGACAGUCUGUAUAACCUGCAGCUGAUCAGAGAGAUCAGUGAGACCAGUCUACAGAGGUGCUGUCACCUGGAGCUGGAGGACCUGCUCUACGCCCCGCCCACACUACACGUGAACAUCAUGAGCUUCAUAGCAGAGCUGCUGGGAUGGUUCGAGGUGCAUAAACCUGACUUUGUCAAGCCAUUACUACCUCUAGACCUGACAGAUGCCUCAGGGUUGUUGGACUGCACCAGUCCUGUCAGUGGGAACAGCAACAGUGGCUCUCCCUCCUAUAUCUUCAAACAGCCCUUUGUCCCCAUAUCCUCUCCUGCGUCAUCUGAAGGGAACAUGUGGACCAAGAAACAGAUCCGUCGUCCACUCUCGGCUGUGACCUUCAGUAUUCCAUUCGGCCUGGACAGUGACGUGGACGUUGUCAUGGGCAACCCCGUGCAUUCCGCCAGCACCAACAGCCUGACCGCCGGCGUGCCCGCCAUGAUGACUUCAUCGAGCAGGAUGUCAUCGGGGAUGACACGGGUCCCCUACAGCCCCCCGAGGACCUCAGUCACCUGGUCAGCGCCUCCGUCCCUCAACGCUCCUCCUGGGGCCCGCACACACACUCACACACCGGCUCUAGGGGAGCUGCCGACAGUCGAGAUCAUCCACACUCCUGGAGGAGAAAGAGGUGGAGGAGGGAAAAGAGGAGAGAAAGGAGAUGGAGGAGGAGGCGGAGGAAGGCCAGAGCCACGCUUGCGUCCAGAAGGAGCUCCUGCAGGUUUCUUCCUUCAUUCUCCUGAAUACGACCUGACCCAGCUCAGCAGCUCCGCACCCUGCCGCUCCGGAAUGCUCUACCGGCCAAUAGGAGGGGAGGGGGGCGGAGGAGAGAAGCGGAGAGUGGGAGGCAGGGAGAAGGGGGAGAAGGGGAGAUCGGAUGGCUCGCGGGACGAUGACUCGGUCCUCCGCGACGGAAGUGUGGACUCAUCGGAAGCUUCCGACGACCUUCCUAGAAACACCCCCGGCAACGUCCGCCUUGGCCACGGUCGUCACGGCAACGGCAGCAUCAGCAACACCGGUGGCAGCAGCAGCAGCCCGCAGAUGACGAGCUUCGCCGAGCGGCGGGACAGAAGGAGACAGCCGGCCGCACCGGGAGAGGAGUCGGCCAGCACCCCGACCACCCCCACCCUCCAUACCCCCACCCACACCACCCCCAGCCCAGGAGGGAAGCACCCUGAGCCGGGUACAGAGGCCUGGGAGCUGGGGGCCCGCCUGGAGGAGAAACGCAGAGCCAUCGAGGCCCAGAAGAGACGCAUAGAGGCCAUAUUCACCAGACACAGACAGAGGCUGGGCAAGACUGCCUUCCUUCAGCUGAAGAGAGGAGAGGGAGGAGAGGAGCCUAUAUCUCUGGAGGAGCGUCUCAGCCGCAUGGAGGAGCAGCUGAAAGAGGAGGAGGAGAGAGAAGAGGGAGAGGAGAAAGGGAAGGAGAAAGGGAAGGCAGACGAAGGGAACUCUCGCCCGCAGGCGCGAUUGGAGAAGCAGGUGACGUUUUCCAUGGAUACGAGGAAGGGGGCUGAGAAAGGGGCGGAUAAAUGGGAGGGGCCUGAGUCGGGGGGGAGGGGCUGUUCUAGGGAGUAUAAUGAGGUGGUCCUGAAGCUGAGUGAGGCUCUGAGGUCACUACAGAACGACAUGCAGAAACUGACCCAACAACAACAACAGCUAAUGGGCAAGAAGACCACACCCAAACCCACACCUAAAACUAUACCUAAAACCACACCUAAAACUACACCCAAAACCACACCUAAAACAACACCUAAAAGUACACCCAGGACACCACCCAGGACCCCCACUAAGAGUCCGACUAGAACCCCGACCAAGAGCAUCAGUAAGGCGUGGGUGAUUCCUGCAGGCUCCAAACCCCCCACCUCCACUACCUCCCCCUCUCGCAGGGCCCUCCCCCAGCUCUCCUCCACCCCUCCCAAAACCCCCACCUCCACUACCUCCCCCUCUCGCAGGGCCCUCCCCCAGCUCUCCUCCAAUCCUCCCAAAAGCCCCAUCUCCUCCUCCUGCCCUGCCCCACGCACAAAGAUCCACUCUUCCACCCCCCGUAGCCCUAAGCACCACCCGCGCCCCUCCCAACCCCACCCCCGCCCAUCUGAGUUGAAGUUCCCUCCUUCCACCCGUGUCCUCACCCCCCCGCAGCAUGUGGACUCCCUCCCACACCUGCGACGCGUUUCCCCCAGCCAGUGCCAGGUCCAGACCUCCUCCUCUUUCCGUAUCGGGGGCCCCUGCACCCCCCUGCCCCAGCCCGAGGAGAGUACCUCGGAGACGGGCUCCAGCGAGACGCAGUUCAGCCUGGAGCUGGAGGAGCAGGAGGGUUUAGGGGGAGGCCGGCCCGUGUUUCCCCAGCCCAGGAGAGGCCGUUCUGGGGGUGGCAGCAGCUCCGGAGCCCCUCAGAAGGCUCCUUUGAGAGCGAGACCCUGUCGCUGUCGGCCGCUUACUGCGGAGGAGGGGAGGGAGGGAGAGGAGGAGGAGCAGGAGGAGGAGGAGGGAAUCGUUGCAGCCAUGGAGGUGUCAUUGUCAUCCCUGGGAGGGCCAGAGGAGGGCAGUGACGAGCCGACUGACACAGAAGGACAGGAGUUGUUCUCUGACUCCAUGAGCGACCACACAGAACCUCCAACAGGAGAAACAUUGGAACCUACGGAACCCACGGGAGAACCGAGGGAAUCUACGGGGGAUCAAAUAGAACAGACACAGAACACAGAACUCCGAGAACCCUCAGUGGAACCCACAGAGCAGACGGAACCGGAGGCGAGAGGAGGGGUUGGAUUCUUCUUCAAGGAGGAGGUGCGUUGUGAAGAUGAGAUGGCUCAGAGGAGAGCUGCUCUGUUGGGAAGACAGCAGAAAAGAGCAGAGGACCUGAAGAGGAGGAGACAGUGGAACGAACAGGAGAGAGAGAGCAGACCCCCCUCUGAGGAGGAGGAGCGACGAGGCUCUCUUCCACAGACCCCUCCCCUGUCCUGCACCCCUCCCCCCCGCCGCCGGUGUCCCCUCCCUCACCCCCCCGACACGCCCAGUCGCCGUGGUGAUUUCACGCGGAAGGAGUACGCCCAUCGCCAGCAGAUACGCAUCAUGUCUGACCUGGAUAAGGUGCUGCGUCAGAAACACACCAAUCAGGGACGAGUUGCCGCCAAGAAGUCCCGCCCCCGACCUCGGAGCAUGACCCGGGAGGAGUCACAGCUGUCCCGCAGCCCAGCCAAGAGCACUAUGGGUUCUAAGUUGACUAAGGUGUACUCUCACUCCUCUCUCAACCUGGCUGCUAUGGCUGACGACACCGUCCCUGACAACACUGUCCCUGACAACACUGUCCCUAACCACACUGUCCCUGACCACACCUUCCCUGACCCUAGCAAGAAACCAUCCAGCCGCCCUGAUUCGCCCUCACGUCUGAUGUCACCGAGCCGACUGGCCAAUCAGAACGGAGACAAGGACUGGGAGAUCGGCUCCAAUGGCUCCUCCCCUUCCAUCCCAGAAUACACCGGGCCCAAACUGUUUAAGGAGCCGAGCUUCAAGUCCAAUAAGUUCAUCAUCCACAACGCUCUGUCUCGCUGCUGUCUGGCUGGCAAGGUCAACGAGACUCAGAAGAACAAGAUGGUGGAGGAGAUGGAGAAGAGUCCAGCCAACCACUUCCUGAUUCUGUUCCGUGAUUCCAACUGUCAGUUCCGAGCCGUCUACACCAUGAGCCCCGAGACUGACGAGCUCAUCCGAUUGGCCGGGGUGGGCCCGCGUGUUGUAAGCCCCGCCCUGGUGGAGUCCAUCUAUAAGUACAGCUCCGACAGGAAACAGUUCAGCUGUAUCCCGUCCAAGACCAUGUCCAUGAGUGUCGACGCCUUCACCUUACCAGGACACCUGUGGCACAGCAAGAGGCCUGGCAAGCCUAAAUAACCAUGUAUAUACAUACAUACACACCUGUGGCACAGCAAGAGGCCUGGCAAGCCUAGAUAACCAUGUAUAUACAUACAUACACACCUGUGGCACAGCAAGAGGCCUGGCAAGCCUAAAUAACCAUGUAUAUACAUACAUACACACCUGUGGCACAGCAAGAGGCCUGGCAAGCCUAGAUAACCAUGUAUAUACAUACAUACACACCUGUGGCACAGCAAGAGGCCUGGCAAGCCUAGAUAACCAUGCAUAUACAUACAUACACACCUGUGGCACAGCAAGAGGCCUGGCAAGCCUAAAUAACCAUGUAUAUACAUACAUACACACCUGUGGCACAGCAAGAGGCCUGGCAAGCCUAGAUAACCAUGUAUAUACAUACAUACACACCUGUGGCACAGCAAGAGGCCUGGCAAGCCUAAAUAACCAUGUAUAUACAUACAUACACACCUGUGGCACAGCAAGAGGCCUGGCAAGCCUAAAUAACCAUGUAUAUACUGUAUAUACAUACAGGAAUGGAUACACACACACACAAACACACACAAACAACUGAAUUACUGUUUGUCCUGCAUGGGACACACUACCCCUCUCGCCCUUCUCAUCGGACCUACUGACUGUUGACGAGGUGCUUUCUCUCCCCUGUAUGUGCAUGGAAAUGGAACAGUCCAACUAUCCACCCUUAUGGAGAAGGCUCUAAGACUCGUCCACACGCGGGGGAUACUGUAGACCAGUUGUUGUUGUAAAAAUGACCUUUUCAAUCUUAAAUGGUGACACUACACAGAAACAAACUCUACACAAAAAGUGUAUCUUUCUCUUUUUUUAGUUAAAACAUUCUCCUGUAAAUGUCUGAGGUACAAAAUGAUUGUUUCUCUGAUACCCAUAAACCCUUUGGCCUUCUGUUCUGUUCACUACUAGCUGAAAGGCUGGAGGCAUGCUGAUAGCCAUUGUGUUGACUAAAGUUUUCUGUUUUAUAACACGAUCCUUCUAAGGCCUUCUGCUCAACGACUGGCAGGCGCAGGACUGUUAUUAUCCUGCAAACCGCGGUGAAAACAAGGAAUGGAAGACGUGUUCUUUAAUGUGAAUAGGAGAAAAGAACAGGAGAUGUGUGUUCACCAAAUAGCACAAAAAUCAAAGAUUGUGAAUAGUUGUGACGGACGGGCCAUCACUAAGGGACGGGCCAUCACUAAGGGACGGGCCAUCACUAAGGCCUAGAUUCAAUCCGAUUCCGCACUAUAGCUCGACUGAAAUUUAAAAGCACUGUUCCCGCAUUCUCCAAGACUGCAUUCUCGACAAACGCUGAAUACGUUGGCCAAAUCGGAAAUUACCUUUAAAUUUCAAUCGCGCUAUAAGGCAGAUGUUCUGCGCUAUAGAUUGAAUCCCCAAUCUGCCAUAACUGAUUUGUAUUAAGACGCUGUAGCAUGGACAUGUGGUCUCACAGUGCUUGACUUGGACAGGAGCUCACCGGGACUGAGUACCGAACAGCACCUCAAAUGUUCUAGUGCUUGACUUGGACAGGAGCUCACCGGGACUGAGUACCGAACAGCACCUCAAAUGUUCUAGUGCUUGACUUGGACAGGAACUCACCGGGACUGAGUACCGAACAGCACCUCAAAUGUUCUACUGCUUGACUUCCUGCACCUCUUACAGAAUAUUAUCUCUAAACCUUUGCAGAGUUCCUGCACCUCUUACAGAAUAUUAUCUCUAAACCUUUGCAGAGUUCCUGCACCUAAAUAUAAACAGUACCGGAACUCAAAAUGAGUACUGGCACCUAUUUUAGUCCAAGUCAAGCACUGGUUGUUAUGGGUUGUCAGCCAAUAGAAAUGUAAAACCCUGACAGUUAAAGGUCAGGGGUCAGGGGUUAUGACCCACCCACGGUACAGUGGGGUUAAUAAAGUAGAUGUGUUUUAAAACCUGACUCUGUCUAUCUGAACG